CUCUGGUCCUCUGCACAUAAAGCCUGGGGCUCUCACGUUACCUCUUUCUGCUGCUUGGAUCUGUCUGUGGAUAACCAUUCAGUCUCCGGGUGGCUCUUCCUGCCAGGCCCCCAGCUGUCCAUGUGUGCUGGGCAUGCACUGAUUGAUGGACACGCUGCUUGUCACCGGGCACCUGCUGCUGGCUCUAGUGCUUGGCUUCAGAGUUUUGCCCUGCGGGAAAUCUGAUGGGAAUAUAACUGCUAAAACAGAUGGCAGAACUUUACCUUGCCUUCAGGAUGGGGAGAACUGCACAGGACUCUUUGAAAUUUCAAAAGGGAGUGGUCAUUUUUCUCGUUGCCCUAAAAAAUAUAAACAUUACUGUGUUAAAGGAAAGUGCCAUUUUUUUACCGCAGAAAAGAAGCCGGCAUGUAUGUGCGAGACCGGUUAUACUGGAUCAAGAUGUGAAUAUUUGGACCUCUUUUACUUAAAAGGAGACAGGGGUCAAGUUGUGGUGAUUGGCCUGAUAUCUGCUAUGGUGACACUCGUUAUACUGAUUAUUUGCAUAUGUAUCUGUUCACACCACUGCAGAAAACAACGCAGGCGGAAAAGAAAAGCGAAUGAAGUAGAGGCGUUAAAUGAUGAUGAUUCCACAGUGAAAAUGGAAGAAACUCAGUUUACCUAGAAGUGUUGCUGAAAUUACCUGCAGGCAGGUGCAUUGCUGCUGUUACUAAAAUAUAUAAGCUCUGUUACCAGAUUAAGAAACCAAUUUAAUUAAAAUUUCUGGAUAUGUGUUGGACGCCA